AUGUCAUGGGAGGUGUCAUGCUGUCCACAACGAUUCUUUGUGUUUCCUUUGUUACUGCACUGCAGUGAGGAAUCUGUGUCAUCCGAAAGUUUUGAAACUUCUGUCAAUGAGUUGAUCCGAAGAGGAUAUGUGCGUAAAUUUGAACAACGAGUCCAAAUUCAAAUGAACAGUGUUUAUCUCCCUGACCAUGGACCAUCCUUUGCAAGAACCUUGCUGAGCGGAGGCUGCUGA